UUAGCUUAGGGAGUAAGUAGACUUUUUCCAAAGUUCAUUUAUCUUGACAGACUCGGCCACCUUCCAUGUUCCCUCUUCCGGUCUUCGCGUCCUGCUGAUCCGGGUUUGAGUGUCCAGCCUCGCCGGACCUACACAGAUCCGGCUCUGAGUGUCCAGCCUCGCCGGACCUCCGACUGGCAGCCGCUGCUAUCUCUCUGGCCCCGCGGUCUCCUGCGCGCUUCUCUCCACUCGCUCUCACUCAACGGCUGGGGGGAAUGAAGGAUGUUGUAGGGAGUCCGGGGACCUGGAGUGGCAUGGCGCUGAGGUUGUCGCAAUGCGUGUCCGCCGGCGCAUCCAUGGGCGCUAUGGCCACAGCCUACGGCUUCUCCAACUACACCGCUUUCUGCUACUUGAUUGCUUCAAUGGGCCUGCAGCUUCUUUGGAGUUUUGGCCUUGCUUGUCUUGAUAUAUACUCUUUGAAGACUAAAAGAGAUCUUCACAACCCUGUGCUUGUAAGCCUUUUUGUUGUUGGGGACUGGGUCACUGCAAUUCUGUCGUUUGCUGCCGCUUCGGCGUCUGCGGGCGUGACCAUCCUGUUCGAGAGAGACGUCCACUUCUGCAGGAUGUACCCGCAGUUGUCAUGCGGACGGUACGCGCUUUCGGUGGUCCUGGCUUUCAUCACCUGGUCUUUCAUCGCAACUUCUGCUGUCUCCAUGUUCUGGCUUCUCCCGUCGCUCUGAGGUGGCACGCAAAGAGCCUGCCGUCGUGGUCCUGUUUGGAUCCGUUUGCUUGACCAGCUGGUUGAUGCUGUGUGUUCAGUCUCGCUGUGUUGUGUGCUAAGUACCUGUCGGGAUCCUGGUGCUGACCGGUUGUACUCUGCUGGAGACAUUUAGACUGUUUGUUUAAGGAGCGAGGUGGUGGUUCAUUAUCUCUUUUUUUUUUGUUUUGGUUUGUGGAAUGCAAUGAAUUAAUCUAUCAUUCUUUUCAUUCCUCGCAUGGUAACAAUUUCUCCCUGUUCCAAAUUACAA